GAAAGCAAACCAAACCAAACAAAACACAGAAAGUUUUGAAACUAAGAAAAGAGUACGAAAAAGAAAAAAAAAACAGAGAGAUUUUCAAUUGAAAAAAAAAAGAGGGAAAUAUUUUAAAACUAUUUAAACAAACAGAUUAAUGGAAGAAAUAGUAUUAUUAAUCGAUGAAUUACAAUCAAGCUGUGCAGUAUCUCACUGUAGAAUUUGCCAUGAAGCUGAAUUUGAAAGCUCUCAAACCUUAGAAGCUCCGUGUGCUUGCUCAGGAACUGUUAAGUUUGCGCACAGAGAUUGUAUACAGAGAUGGUGUAACGAGAAAGGAAAUACAACUUGCGAAAUUUGUUUACAGAAGUAUGAAGAAGGAUACACGGCACCUUCAAAAAAGUCUCAGCUAAUUGAUGAAAUGACAAUUAGAGAUAGCUUAGAUAUUCAAGAACAUGAUGACCCGGAAAGCCAAGGCUAUGAGAUUGAACAAGUGACAGUUGACGCAGCAGCCUAUGCGGAAUGCACGUCUGCUGCCGAUAGAAGCGUCAACUAUUGCCGGUCAUUAGCUUUAACUUUUACAGUGGUAUUGCUUUUGAAACAUUUGUUAGCUACACUAACUGGUGGAACAGAAGAUUACCCUUUUACGCUUCUAACGAUACUUGUAUUGAGAGCCAGUGGAAUUCUUCUACCCAUGUUCAUACUAUUAAGGAUAAUUUCAGCAAUUCAGAAAAGCUUCAGGAGACAAUAUCAGGAUCAAGAUGACCAAAUAGAUGGAGUUGUCGAAGAACAGCAACAUUUAGUGUAAUUGCUUACUAUAAAAUCUUACAACAAUUUUUCCACUUAUUUUUAUUAUUUAUUUAUUUAUAAGGGAGCAUUCCAUCAUUGCUCAAUAUUCUUCCCUGAUUUCGGGGCAUAAAUGAAAAUAAAAUAAUUCCAAAA